UAAAUUAUAACCUUAUAAAAGAAAAAGUAUAAUUGUGAGGUGAAAUAAAAAAUAGAUAUUACCAAGCUGAUUAAUACUGAGUUAAUACUGAGAUUAAUAUUGAGUUACAUAUCAAUAUAAAACGAAUACUUAAAUUUCCCGGGCAUUAUUUUAGUUUAAUCACGAGUUACCAUUCUUUGGAUUCAUUGGUUAAUAAAAAAUAAGCCACGCUUCUUUAGGAUCCACUUUGAAUAGUUUCCUACUUCAGAGACCGAAAUUUUAUAGAAAGCUUACUCUAGAAUAAUACAGAGAUAAGAGUACCAUUGGCUAAUCAAAGACCUAAGACAAACGUAAAUAAAUAAUAUAUAUAUAUAUCAUAAAACACAACAAGUAUCGAAACAUGGAACACACGCAAGACAGCACGCUAAAUAUGCAAGAUAUACCAAGUAUGCAAACACAAUCAGGAAAUUUUGAAUAUAUUGGACAAUAUGAAUUUCUUGGAGAUCUUGGACAACCAGGACUUCUUGGAGAUCUUGGACAACCACGACAUUCAGGACUUCUUAGACCUGUUGGACCAUCACUACGACAUCUUAGACAAACAGGAAAUCUUGGAUAUUAUGAACAUCUUGAACAUCAUGAAUAUCUUGGACAACCAGGACUUCCUGGAAAUCGUGGACAACCACGACAAUUAGGACUUCUUAGACCUGUUGAACCAGCACUAAGACGUCUUGGACAAGCAGGACAUCCAGGACAACCAAGAUUUCUUGGCUAUCUUGGACAACCACGACAACCAGGACUUUUUGGACCUCUUGGACAACUACGACAUCCCGGACAAUCAGGACAUCUUGGACAAACAGAAAAUCUUGGACAAACAGGACAUCUUGAUGGACAAACAGGACAUCUUGAUGGACAAACAGGACAUCUUGAUGGACAAACAGGACAUCAUGGUCCUCUUGGACAUCAUAGACCCAGGCCUGUAGAGAUGCCGUCCCUCGCCAAGUUAAAUACGUUGUUUUUUGAUGCCUUGCGCAUUAGCAGCAGCAGCUCAGUGCGUAACCUGCGACAUAUACUUGCAAGUCAGCAUUCGAGGCAGAUUGCCGCGCCACAGCAUUUUCCGAAACAUCCGGAGAGAGGAACUCUAAAUAUGCAGAAACAACUAGAAAAUGAUGGAGCCAGAUCUCUAUACCCGUUCAUCAUUGCGUCCAUCAACAGUCUUUUCGAGCCCUUGGACCAUUACGGUACCUGCAGCUCAGCUGCUAAAAUCGCAUACUUAAACCGGGUAAGGAAUAUUAAUGUGGACGUAACCAGCUUAAUGUCGUGGACGUGGGAAGCGGAAGCAGGAAAAGGAUUUCGGAGAGUCUGCACACAACUGCCAUACUGCCGUGAUGCCCUAAAGGACGAACUUCGUACAUUUGCCACGCCUCCCAUUUCCCAUAAUAAAAUUGAUUAA